UCACUCACGUCGCUGCGGAUAUUUGAGUCGAGCAGCAACAGUGAGAAAAGUAGUUCCACAUGAUUUUUCUGUCCUCUCAGACUGUCAUGGAGUCGCUGAGGAGAAACCAGCGUUCCCCCCCAGUGCUGUGUUGUCUUGUCGUGUUGUGUUUGCAGCUGCAGUUGUGUUUGGCUGGAGACUGCCCUGCAGAUGGACGCACCUGGGUGCCAUUUGGAGACAGAUGCUACCACUUUGUCCAUGGAGAUGAAGAUAAAGCCAAAAUCUACUCCUUUGAAGGGGCUAAAUCUCUCUGCCAAGGAUUUGAGCUUCUGACCAUCCAGAGUGCAGAGGAGAAUGACUUUGUCAUUAAUUAUAGCCCUGAGGUGUGGAAAGGUGUUGUCAACGUGUGGCUGGGAAUGUAUUAUGACACCAACAGCGAAGACAUGAAGUGGUUCGGUGACAACCCUGUGCAGUUCACUAACUGGGAGAGCAGCGAUUCUCCAACAGACCUGGUGCCUGUGGAUUCAUGUGUGGCUCUGAACAGCAAGACAGGAAAGUGGGAAAACGUCAGCUGCAUGGAUGACUUGGAGAAUGGAGUCGUUUGUGAGACGAAUCAGAAGGCAGAGGAAGCCAAACAAAAGCCCAGCCCGCUGCUGUCCGCCCUGGUCAUUCUCAGCGUGGUAGUCAUCGUGGGAGUCUCUGCAGUUAUUUGGUUCCUGCAUCAGAAGCACAGUCUGGGCUCCACCAUUGUGACGGCGUUCGAGUACCACCCUCCAUUCCGAGUUCUUGACACGGACCGGUCGUGCCUGGUGGAGGCCGAGGAGACUGACAGCGUGCCCUAGGAGAACUUUCUCCUUUUUGCCACAAACAGGAAACAGCAGGUCCCGCUUUGGUGGGUGGGUGUUCAUGCAAAGACAGGUCCAGAAGUAGUUUAAGGUUCAUGUCAUGAAUCAGAAUAAAUUAGUGCUGAAAACUGACGCCAUGCUUCAUAAAAUACUAGCCCUUUGCAACUUCUGCUGUUUCUGUUAUCUGCACAUAUGAUCGGUCAACUGUAACUUUUUGUAAAUGGUGCAUUUUCAUCUGUAACCUGAUCUACCCAAAGUAUGCAUUUGAUGAUUUAAUAUUAGGUUAAUUCUAGGCACACUAAGUCUUGGAAAGCGUUUGGCAUAACUGUCUCUCUGUUGCAUGUUAAAACUUGCUUCCAAUAGCACAUUUAAAGGGAGCAGGGGCUCUAAAUGGAGACAAGCUUUCCUAAGUUUUAUUAUUUUCUCACUAUAGCAAAUUUACCAUAGCAUUCCUACAGACUUGGGAGACAAACAAGAGGGUAACUAAAUGUAGAAUGCAGUUGAAUGCAGCAAAAAGUAACAUCCUGUAGCACAGUCGUAGAUAUUUCACUCUCUGUGUGUCAAAAAUGGAUUCUGCAUUUCAGAUGAUACAAGCAACCACAUAAAACCAUAGAAAAGUUAGGAUUAUAUUCAUAAACUUGCAUGACAGCCAUCAAGAACAUAAUAUAUAACUAGAAACUACAGAAACACGAUGAUGCAUGAAGUAACUUUUUGUUAAAUUAGUGCACUGUCCCUUUAAGCAGUAUUCAAAGAAGCACAAAUUCUUAAUCCCUUGGGCACAUAUAAGUAGCUUUAUCAAAACAGAAGCCUAGCUGUAGUUACAACAAUCGUCAUAUUCACUCAGAGCAUGUAUAUUAAGUAGGAAUGUAGCAACGCCUCACGGAACAUUUCAAAAUCAAUACAAAUGUUCUAUUUAGAGUAGCGAGACAAGAAUAUAUCUCUUUUCAUAACCAGCAGAGUAUGCUUUCUACUUGAUGUCUGAUAGCUCCCACUGCACACAGAGGCACUGCCCAAAACGCAUUGUUAAUGCAAAGUGAACACAGGGUCAAAGACAGGGCCGAAGCAAGUGAAGAUUUUUGAUCUCUGUUUCUAUGUAACCCAAAGAUGAAAGAUUUACUCAUAUUUGUAAGGAAAAAUAAGGACAAGGAUAAAGUCUCAUUUUUACUUUCAGAAUUGAAAUUACAGUAAUUUAUUGGUAGAUAAAUGCACCUUGAUUCAACGUCUUUAUUAAAAAUAUAUAUAUUCUGAUAAGAUCUUGUCACCUACUAUUGUGUACAUGCCAAUCCAUGAGGUUUUUCUUUGUAUUGUUCAGAUCAGUGGUUCUCACAUCCACCACCUACUGUAAUGUGAAGUAGGGCUGAACCAUUUUGGAAAAUAAUCUGUGAUCCCCCCCCCCCCCCCAUUAUUGUGAUUUGACAUGCUAUUAUUUCUUAACUCUUUUAUUCCUAAACUAGGGCUGAACAAUUCUUUAAAAAUAUCUAAUUCUGAUGAAUUUGACUCAUAUUGCAAAUUAGAUAUGAAUUGUCGUAUUGAACGGUUUUUGUCAUUCUCAUAUUUAAUAAAAGAAAAUUACAAAAAUGAAGGUAGGAUUUUUUUGUAGACUAUUCUUAAAAAAAAGACACUUGAAUGAUGGUGUGACACAAAUUUCAGGUCAAAGAAA